AUGCUCAUGCGAACGCCUAUCAACAUCGAAUGCGGACCGGACCUCGCGACCAAGAUUAUCUUCCACAAAGAGAUGAUUUGCUGCCACAGCAAGCAACUCAGCAACCUAUUCGAGAAAGCGAAGUCCACCAUGAUCCACUACGAGAAAGCCGAUAAGGUCCGCGAUGAGCUGGCCCAAUAUGUAUUCCCUGAGGUCACUCCGAAGGAGUUCGAAACCAAUCUCUUGGAUAAGCAGGCCAAGCCUCUGAUCAUGAAAGCAUAUGACAACUAUCCUCUAUUCGGAUAUUCCAAAGGCGUCAAAAGCGUAAUCAUGGACGCCGUAGCAGGAGAAACCCACGCCAAGAACGUCAAGAAGGUGGUGCCGAAGUCAGCAGUGGACAUGCCUCUAGCGAGCCGUCUGGAGAACCUCAAGCCUCAGGCCGUACAUGCCGUAGCCUCGCUGCUCUUCGCCCGACUUCACGCCAUCAAGAAGACCGAGAUCCGCAACGCUGAGAAAGAUCCUUUGAAGGCUGCCGCUCAGCACCGCAUCAUACUCCCCGAUGUUGGAGAGUCCACAGUUCGAGCGCUUAUGGAAUGGAUGUACCAGAGAAAGUUUCCGUUGAUGGAGACCGAACAAACCUACGCUGUCAUGAAGCUCGCUUCACAGAUUGGCGUUGGGGUGCUCGCCACUGAAUGCCACACAGCGCUAUUCAACGCCACUAACGCCAGCAUCGAGCGCGCCGAUGCCGACGGUACCUCUUUUCAAACCCUGCUAGGCUAUGGUACAAAGCUCGCCGCUGACGAUAUCAUCGAGGUCGUCUUCCAACACGCCAUGAAGGACGAGAACGCGCCCAAGGACCUGAAGAGCCUUGUCAUCGACGCCCUUGCUGGGUAUCUUGAUCCAGAACUAUGGCAGCACGUUAAGGGCCAGAUCAACCAUAGAACUGCACUGCAGAUUAUUGAGUCUAUGGUCAGCUUGCGAGCGCUGGUCAAGAUUGAGAUGGACGGGCAAGACAGCAUCAAAUCGGAGAGCCAGGAACUCUCUAGCGCAUCCACUCCGGAUGACAUGGCUAUCGACGAGGACAAGAAGCCCAUUCACGUCAAAGAGCAGAACGAAACCCACGUUUGA